AUGGACGUAGAUCAUAAUCUACGUCGGGCCAAUUCUCUUCAUGGACUGAAUAAAGGUGAGCUCUUUACAUUGUCCUUGUUAUUUGUUUAGAUUUUAAAUCCAAGUCCUCAUCUGAUUUGUUUGGGACGCCAAGGAGGGCUCUCGGAGAUGUGAAGAAUAAUUUGGGAACUCCAAAAUUUGGUGGAAAGGCUGGAUUCGGUCAGAGAUUGAAUUUUGAUGAAGAUAACAAAGGGAGUGACCGCUGUUCAAAGCAGACCGAGUUUGGAGAUGCGAAUGCAAAUAUAUUCCAUGAAGGGACAGGACAGUCUUUGAAGCCGAUCAAGAAGCAGCAACAACUUCGAUAUGGAAAGCCGAGGGACACCGUAGAUGAGAUGACUGAGCAGAUCAAUAAGAAUAUCAUGACACUGCAGCUUCCUGAGAUUGAUUGGAAUGAUCCGAAUCUGAAGGCUGAUUACUGUUCUUGCACUCAUGAUCAUGAUAACGAUUUGGACAUGUACAGUGAUGUCGAAUAUCUGAAGACCUUACCCAUCCCAAGCAAAGAUGAAUUUGAAGAUGAUGAUCCUUUGAUGUCUCUGGAUGACAUCCGAAAGCUUUUCGGAUCUUCAAAAUUUAAUUGGAAAGAUCUGCUGGACGAUGAAGUCGAGUUCCACUUUGAUGCGGACCAUGGUUUAUAUAUUGGAGAGCUGGAAGAUACCCUCAACUGUGACACCUUAUCCGAAGACGAACUCACCCUCUAG